GACGUAACCAUUUUCUACACUUCAGCCAAUCAGCUGUCACUGGCGGAGACUAUUUGAAAUUGAAGCGGGCGAAGGCGGAAGAGACGAUGGGACAAUAAUAAACAGAGGGCUCUGUUGACUGAACACAGGACGCUUUUUAUUAUAUUAUAUUUGAAAAAAACAUGCGCAGCUGCCCUCGCGCAUGUCUUAACGUUACAUGUUUCACAUAGUGUGUAUUGUUGUAGCGUUAGGUAGCUAAAGCAACCGGAGUGAAAUUUGCCGUUAGCUAACGUUCGCUAACCAGUAACGUUAACAUUUAAGCUCAUUUGGACGUAUUUAUUUGUAACAACCGACUGCCAUGUCGCUAUUUAGUGUACAAGCGAGGAAGCAUACAACUUAUUAUGACCAUCUCUUGGCAACGCCCGCGCCAAGGACACCGGGCAGAGAGCGAAAAGCGACGGACACGACGGGAAGCCAACAUGAGGUCACGUCCGAAGACUCUGCGUGUGAAGACGGCAGGAGGUCGUCUGGUAAACGUCGACAAGUCAACCGGACCUAUGUCGUCUCUGCGCUGUCCAAAAGCGGCAGCGGGCAGCAGGCCCCGUGCCGUAGCCGACUCACCCUGCAGAGGAGGUCGAGGAGGAAGAGCGGGUCUGGAAGAGCGGACAAAACGAUGUCUGGAAGCAGCCUGAAUACGACACCAGCUCCAGAGAAGAGACUGACUCUGCAGCGCCGGACCAGGACGCCCUCCAUGGAUAAAAGCGCACACGGGCAGCGCGGGGUCAGCGGCUCUGCCUCGCAGACGACGUCCAAAGUUCUCGGCGAGCCAAACGGUAGGACAGCUGGCUUGUUCAGGUCUGCCAGUGUACGAGAAGCCGCUGCUCCGUUGGAAACCCAGUGGAGGCUGGCGUGCAGCAAAACGCCCUCUUCCUCGUCUUCCACAGGUAGGCAGUUGGAGGACCGGGCCCACACCUUUAAAACCCCCACCAAAAAGACCCCGUUUGAGAAAAUCGCCGCCAGGAGAGACGUGUUCGAGAGGCUGGUGGCGAAAGACGCUCCCAGACCGGUGGUAGUCAAACCCACAAGUCUAACGAGGCCCAAACCCCAAACGCAGCAAGCGGAAGACGUGAAAAAACCCGUCCCGGCUCCUCGGGGCAGCAGGGCGUCCGCAGCAAAGCCAAACGCCGCGCUGCAGUCCAGAAAGAUGUCCGCCUCAAGCCAAAAGAGAGACGUGACCCCGGCCGGGACCUCCAUGCCUGCUCCUGCUCCAUCGGCCGAGCAGCUCCUGUCCAGUCCCAGCGAGGCCCUGAAGCUUCAGGAUUUAUUUAAGAUGGAAAACAGUGCCGUGACUGUUGCAGUCCGCGUGCGCCCUUUCAAUGCCAGAGAGAAGUCAGAGAAGGCAUUGCAGGUCAUCUUCAUGAACGGUCAGGAGACUGCUGUCCAGCAUCCGGACUCCAAACAGAGCUACACGUUCAACUAUGACUUCUCCUUCUGCUCAGUGGACGAGUGUGACCCCACCUUCGCCAGCCAGCAGACUGUGUACGAGACGCUGGCCAAGCCUCUGUUGUUGAGGGCCUUUGAAGGAUUCAACACCUGCCUGUUUGCUUACGGACAAACGGGAUCUGGGAAGUCGUACACGAUGAUGGGCUUUGGAGAAGAGGAAGGGGUGAUCCCACGAUUCUGCCAGGAGCUUUUUGCUAGAUUGGCAUCCAUGAUAAAUGAAGAGGUCAAGUGUCAUGUAGAGAUGAGCUAUUUUGAAGUUUACAAUGAGAAGAUCCAUGACCUGCUGGUGACCAGAGAUGAGCCAAACCAGAGGACGAUGCCCCUGAGGGUCAGGGAACAUCCAGUCCAUGGUCCCUAUGUUGCUGACCUCUCUGCGAAUAUUGUGAGCUCCUACAAUGACAUUCAGGGUUGGCUGGAGCUGGGCAACAAGCAGAGAGCCACAGCGGCGACAGGAAUGAAUGACAAGAGCUCCAGAUCUCACUCUGUCUUCACCCUCAUUAUGACCCAGACUCAGACUGAGUUUGUGGAGGGCGAGGAACAUGAACACAGUAUCACCAGCCGAAUCAACCUGGUGGACCUGGCAGGCAGCGAACGCUGUAAUUCAGCCCAGACAAGUGGAGACCGUCUCAGGGAGGGUGCUAGCAUCAACAAAUCCUUGCUUACCCUGGGAAAGGUCAUCUCUGCCCUGUCUGAACAAGCACUGACGAGGAAGAAGGUCUUCACACCGUACAGAGAGUCAGUCCUGACAUGGCUGUUGAAAGAAAGCCUUGGUGGCAACUCCAAGACGGCCAUGAUCGCCACACUGAGCCCAGCUGGCAGCAAUGUGGAGGAAAGCCUCAGCACUCUGCGCUACGCCAAGCAGGCCCGCACGAUCAUUAACGUGGCGAAAGUUAAUGAGGACACCAGCGCCAAGCUCAUCAGAGAGCUGAAGGCGGAGGUGGAGAAGCUGCGAUCAGCCCAGAUGAGCUCCCAGGGCAUCCAACCAGAGAGGGUCAGGUUGUUCCAGCAGGAGAUCGUUGGCCUCAGGAACAAACUCUGUCAGCAAGAGAGAGAAAUGGUUGAGGCCAACCGGGCAUGGAGAGAGAAACUGGAGCAGGCUGAAAUACGCAAACGUGAAGAGACCAAAGAAUUGCAGAAAGCAGGUGUGACAUUUAAAGUAGACAAUCGUCUUCCUAACCUGGUGAAUCUGAACGAGGAUCCUCAGUUGUCUGAGAUGCUUCUCUACAUGAUCAAAGAGGGUCGAACCACAGUGGGCAAGCUCAAGUCUGAGUCCAGGCAUGACAUCCAGCUGUCAGGAGCCCUCAUCGCUGACCAACACUGUGUAAUAAUCAACAUCCAGGGCACUGUCAGCAUCAUUCCCACGGACAAUGCCAAGACGUUUCUUAAUGGAAACCUCAUAUCUGAAUCCACUGUCCUUCAGCAUGGCGACAGGGUAAUUCUUGGUGGAGACCACUACUUCCGCUUCAACCAUCCAGCAGAGGUGCAGUCUGGGAAGCGGGUGUCAUGCUGGACAGCUGCUGGUGCAGGCGAUGGCCACAAAGACUUUGAAUUUGCCAAAAAUGAGCUACUCGCGUCUCAAAGAGCUCAGCUGGAGGCAGAAAUUGAAGAAGCCCAUUUGAAGGCAAAAGAGGAGAUGAUGCAGGGAAUUCAGGUGGCCAAAGAGGUGGCCCAGAAAGAGCUAUCUGACCAGAGGCUGAUUUAUGAGGACAGGAUCAGAGCCCUGGAGAGAGAGCUGAACAAGGAGACUCAGCGGAAGCAUGAACAAGAGUUGGACCAGCAGAGGGUGGCCAGCCAGAUGGCAGAGCUAAAGAAUGCCAAUGUGGAGCUGGAGCAGAAGGUGGACACCCACAAGAAACGUGUCCGCCUGCACAUGGAGGCCCAGGCGAUGGAGGAACACCGUGUAUGUCAAGCGAAGAUUGUUGACGCCCUGGAGGCAGAGAAGAGAAAGAUCGGCAAAGAGCUUGAGGAGAUGCAGAAGAAAAGAGCCUUCAGGGAAAACAACACUCUCCAAAAUGUCUCUCCACAGUGGAAUGCCAUGAAGUUGUCCCUGAUGAUUGAGGAAGCGAAUAAGAUCAGUGCUAAACUGAAAAAAAGCACAGUCUUCAGCAGACACGAAAGCUCUGAAAAUGAGAACCUGGAGCAGGAAGGUCUGCUACAGGUGCGGGUUCAAAACAAAAAGCUGGGGAUCUCUACUUUCUGGAGCCUGGACAAGUUCCAAAACAACAUUGCAGCGAUGAGGGAACUCGAUCAGGGGGAUUCCACCUCUAAAGAUGACGAUGUGUUUUAUGACCCUGAUGAUGAGUGGGAGCAAGAUAUAUCGGCCUCCUCUGCUUCCACCUCCUCCUUCUCACGCCGAAGGAGCAGGAGCUUGUUGAAAAGUAGGAGAAUCUCGGGGCGUCUCUACGAGAUCCGGGUCCAUCCGAUUCAGAGCCUCCACAACGGCUCUUCACAGUCUGCUGGGUUGAUGGGUGUGGCCAAACCGCCCUCCACCCAUUCCAGCAGCACAGACUCUGCCAUGCCUGGCAUCUGCAAGGAGCUGAUUGGUCAGUCAGUGGCCCGUCUGCGAGGUUGCGGUGGGACAGAUGAGAGCAUGGCAGACAGGCUGGUUUCUGAUCUCCACUUGAUGAAUGUGGCGAUCCAAAUCAUAUCUGACAUAUACAAUAGUCUGGAUGAUGACAGCCAAGAGAACGUGUUUGUGUGUAACUCAGUGGCCCAGACUCAACUGGUCAAGGCCACCACAGCUGUAGAGAGUACAGUGUUUAUUACCAUGCAGUGGUUGGCCAGCGUUAAACCCUCCUCCUGCAAGCUCUACAACAUCACUGAGGAACUCAAGAGCCAAGUCAAGAAGAUGGGAGGAUUCUUCCAGCUGCUCAUUCAGGGUUGUGAAUCUGAGAUCACGUCAAUGGUGACAGAGGCACGGAGGAAGAGCAGCCAGUGCCUGGACGCAGCAUUGCUUGCUCUUGGCCAUCUGGCGGCGGUGACGGGCAUGCCGCUGAAUGCUAUGCAGCACGGUGCCCAGGCCACAGGCAAGCAAUCAUUUUUCAUGUGUCUGGUGAGGGGGACCAACAUGGGCGUCGGCUCUCUCUUCGAGGAAAGCCUCUCCAUCACCAGAGAAAUGCUGAGAGAGGCUCAGCUGGCCUACCCCAGGAACCCAGUCCUGCAGAGCCAGCAAUCUAAGGUGCUUGACUUAGCCCGCGCUCUACAGAACUACAUGCAUUACCAAAUCACGGAAAGAGACACGGGGGAGGGUGAGGAGGAGGAGGAGGAGGCCUCAGCUUCCCUUUUGCAGAAACUGAGGACAACAGCAACCAAGCUGUUCCAGCUGAACCAGGCCAUGAGACGGCUGCAUUCCUGUCUGUCUACUGCCCUGCGAGGAAAAGACACAGACUCCAACUUCAGCAGCUGCAGCGAGCUGAUCUCCUCCUCUGCCAAAGCUGUUGAUGAGCUCAUCACAGGUCUGUCCGAGGAAGAAGCAUUGACGCCGCUACUGGCUGCUCGAGACGAGCUUCAUUUUGCCCUACAGUCCCUGUCCUCCUGGAGCCAAGAAGUUGUAGGAGAGAGCAGAAGCUCUGCUGCUUCUGAUAAAGGAACAGAGGAUGAAACAUUUAGUAAAGACACUCGCAGUGCAGUUAGAAAUCGAGUCGUGAAUAAGAUUGUGUACUCUCUCCCUGCGGGUGUGUCGUCCAAAGGCAGCCUGCACUGGGUAUGAUUUAUGUGUUACUCUUUACGAUGUGCUCCCAUCAUGUAUGAUUUACUGUGUAAAUGAAGUUCUGAUAGAGAGAAAACUUCUGCUAAUAGCAACAAAUGGGCUGUGGGUAUUAUUUGUACACUCCCGUAUCACCAACCUGGAAUCACAAGAAACAAGCACUGCACACCUAUUUAGUGUUGCCAUCCAAGUUACAAAAGAACAACAAUGCUGCUUUCUAUAUACCUGCGUAUUCUUUUGGGCAGUUUUUCCAAUUACAAAGAAAAUGACAAAGCAAGCAUACAAAUUAAUUCAUGUGGAGGCUUUAAACUACAGCAAUAAGUCCGAUCAUCAUAAAUAGCACUGCUGUCAAGAUGUGCUGUAGCUUCCUUUUUAUUCUAGUAAUAAUUUGCUACUCAGAGCUUUAAAGUAUUGGGAUAAAGCCUUCAGUCACUAGACUGUAUAGUUUAACUGAGUUAUUCAUGAGGGGUAAACACAAUUAGGAACAGUAAUUGUCUGCCGGGAGAAAGCUCACUCAUGCUUUACCAGGCCUUCUGUAUUUGCACUAAAUUAUCUUUUGUAAAAUGUUCUCUUCAUUCAAACAUGUAAGAUUUCAAUAUCCAGCAGCUCAGGUAGUGUUUUUGUAAAUAAAUAAUGACCAUUCUAUGCUGUAAAUGAUUUAUUUCUUGUAACAACAUAUUUCGUUCCUCCAGUUUCAAUUAAAAAAAAUGAAAUUGCACUUAUACGUCCUGUAUAACACACUGCAACUAUUUGCACUCGGGAGGAAAUUGUAUAUGUAUGUAUUUCAACAAAGCAGUGUUUUAUAUCCUUGUAUCACUUUCAUAUGUUAACAUAAUACAGCAACAUGUACUAAUGCAAUAAAGUCACAUGGCUUGAUUUGACAAAGAC